GAAGCAGCAAACUAGCUAUCUAAUAACGUCACUACCUAGUUUUGACAUCCUUUUUCUGGCUGUGUAAGUUCACCUUGCUGCUGGAUUUUGCCCCACGUUUUUUAGGGGUUUAUAGCUAAACACACAUUGGACCAGUCAGAUUUAAAUAUAUAUAUUUAUUGUGUUUUAUUGAGUUAACAAAGAGGAUGUCAGCCACUUCCGGUCCGUGAUGUUUCGACUGACUGGUCUUUUCGGUGCAGUACGAAGGACCGUCUGCAGCGCUGCAGACAUCAUGGCGAAGGGCAAGUUUUACUACGCUGUAAAGAAGGGAUUCAAACCAGGAGUCUACACUUCAUGGGAUGAAUGUAAGAGCCAGGUGGACAAAUUUCCAGCCGCCUCUUUUAAGAAGUUUGGCUCAGAGAAAGACGCCUGGGCGUUCUUCAGAGGGGUCGAACCUGCUGCAGUUCCAGAGGUGAAGAAAGUCGCUGAGUGUGUGGAGUCGGCCAUCGCUCUGCUUCCUAAAAGAGGCCCGGAGCCUCUGGAGUACAUCCCCAUCGGUAGGAAGAGGUGUCACUCGGACGAGGACGCGGAGUGUCAACCCAAACGAGUCAAACAGUCGGAGAGCUUGUCUUCAGAAAGCACAGACGGGUUCACAUACAUGGGCGACGCCGUGGUUGUUUACACCGACGGUUGCUGCUCAUGCAACGGACAGAAGGGCGCCCGAGCCGGCAUCGGGGUCUACUGGGGCCACAACCACCCACUAAAUGCCGCCGAGCCGCUGGAUGGAAGACAAACCAACCAGCGUGCAGAAAUCCAGGCAGCCUGCAAAGCACUGGAACAAGCCAAAGAGAACAACAUAAAGAAGUUGGUCCUCUACACCGACAGCAAGUUCACCAUCAACGGUGUGACCAGCUGGGUGAAGAACUGGAAGCUGAAAGGCUGGCGGCUGAAAUCCGGAGGUCCGAUCACCAACAAAGACGACUUUGUGAAGCUGGACCGACUGAACGCGGAGUUGGAGGUGGUCUGGAUGCACAUUCCGGGUCACGCCGGCUACAAAGGCAACGAGGAGGCCGACAGACUGUCGAGAGAAGGAGCGGCGAAGCGGUUGCAGCAGAGAUGCUCCUGAGGUUCAAGAGACUGUUUUCUUCUGGUUUAUCCGCCAGUUUGCUGCUUUUAUUCAGACGUCUGUUUCUCUUCUCGACGAGCGACUCUGUGACUGAACCUGAAACCCAGAGAGACAGAGAGAGAGAGAGAGAGAAGUCUGUGAGGUUGUUUCUGUUAAAUGUUGAUUUUUGUUUGUGUUUUUGCUCUAAAUAAAGUUUCUGCUUCA